UUAUUUUAUUUUAUCUAUUCUCUUUUCCUUGACAUGAAUCCGGUAUGUUUGAGAAAAAGGAGGAUCCAGUUUAAUCCUCUUCAUCUUGCGUUAUUUCGAUUUCUCAUUUCGAUUUCCAUGUUCUAAUUCUCACGAAUUCAUCGUCCGUUCUUCCAGAGUGCGAUCGCCGCACGAUUUGUGAUCCUCGCGAAUCCGCUCGCGUUUUCUCUCUCUCUCUUUCUUUUCCUUAAUCCUUUUGGUGAGAAACGCUCGUCGAAUCGAAAGAUCACUGAUUUAGAAGCGCCCGGAGAUCGCAUUUAAUUUCUGCGGAUUCGAUGGAGUUAACGAGGGCAAAAGGCCAAUUUCCGAUGGAGAAGCGAUGGGCGUGGCCGCUGUUUCUCAUCGCGGCCCUCCUCGCCGUCGCCAUCAUCUCCUCCAACAUCGGCAUCAUCUCCUCCUUCCGCACCAUGUUCGUCGUCGUCCGCGCCGCGCCCGCGGCGGAUCCUCCCCCGUCCCCGGCGCUUCCUCGACUCGCCUACCUGAUAUCCGGGUCGAAGGGCGACCUGGACCGCCUCUGGCGUGCGCUGCGGGCGAUGUACCAUCCCCGCAACCUCUACGUCGUGCACCUCGAUCUGGAGUCGCCGGUGGGGGAGCGGCGCGAGCUCUCCGCGCGCGUCGCGGGGGACGCUGUCUUUGCGGCCGUCGGCAACGUGCGCGUGAUCGAGAAAGCCAACAUGGUCACUUACAGAGGCCCGACGAUGGUGGCCAACACGCUCCACGCUUGCGCCAUAUUGCUCAAGAUGGGGAAGAACUGGGAUUGGUUCAUCAAUCUCAGCGCAUCGGAUUACCCCCUUGCUACACAAGACGAUAUAUUACAUGCCUUUUCAUCUCUGCCGAGGAACAUAAGCUUUAUGGAGCAUACAAGCAGAUUGGGGUGGAAAGAGCUGAAGAGAGCAAGGCCUCUGAUAGUCGAUCCAGGACUGUAUUCCGUUAACAAAUCGGAUAUCUUCUGGGUUACACCCGAGAGAGGGUUGCCAUCCGCAUUCAAAUUGUUCACAGGGUCUGCGUGGGUUGCGAUCACCCGGGAGUUUGCUGAGUUCUGCGUGUGGGGAUGGGACAACCUGCCAAGAAUCCUGCUCAUGUACUACACCAACUUCGUCUCCUCGCCGGAGGGAUACUUCCAGACAGUAAUCUGCAACUCGCCUCAGUUCGCUCGCACCGUCGCUAACCAUGACCUCCACUACAUCUCCUGGGACAGGCCUCCCAAGCAGCACCCUCACGACCUCACCGUGGAUGACUUCCCCAAGAUGGUCGGGAGCAAUGCCCUCUUCGGCCGCAAGUUCAAGCGUAACGAUCCCGUGCUGGACAAAAUCGACGCGGAGCUCCUUGGCAGAGGCAAAGGAGACUUGGUCCCCGGUGGAUGGUGUCGAGGCGAUCCUCCGUGCUCGAAAGUAGGCGAUGUCACGAGACUUGUGCCUGGGAAUGGCUCGGAGAGGAUAGCUUCGCUGUUCGACAGAACUGUUCGAUCGAGAAUGUUUUCACGAAACCAGUGUAGAUAGAACUACUGCUCUGCCAGUGGAUCGAAAAUGUCUUUCAGAUGUAGAGCACAUCUUCUGGUGCGAUAGUGCGUCAUCAUCCCAAUAAUGCAGCAUCUUAGUGAAUUUCUGGUGCUGCUGAAACUCAAUGUUAGAAUGUCACGGAGGAUAGAAUAUUUUGAAGUUUAGGUGGAGUGUGUAAGUUAUAGAAGCAUAGCUGAAGUAGGAUCUAGAUCGAGUUGAAUUUUCAAGCAUGUUAUCAGAAGGAGCAAUUGAAUAACCUCUGUUAGAACCAAA